UCUUCAACUUGAACAAUCGACCCAAAUUUCGUUCGUCUGUCCACUUCCACCCACAAAUCCGAUCGACGUCGUCGAUCUGAUUCCGUAUCACCUGCAAGACACUGACAUAAUUAAUCGAUCUCCCACCUUGGCACAUGUUGCCAGUCGGCGUGUUGUUGUACGACUUCUUAUCUGUCACAUGGCAAAUUAAUGUGCAAAUUCCCUCUCGGUCCCGACGGAGAAGUCACAUUUAACUUUUUCACUUCAGUACCGCGCGAUAGUCGAGCAAGACGUCCAUCGUAGUAGUUGACUUUCAGUUUCAGGCCUCGGGUUUUUCGGCGCCUACGGCGGUGACCCGUUUCGCAAAAAAAACGGCGUUGCUAAUCGUGCGUUCCGAAAAAUAAACGCAAUUCGUGUUGUGCAAGUGCGGUCUUGAGGUGACGACUGCCCAAGAAGGUUAAUAACCGUGGUUUUUCGAUUGUUUUUGGCUGGGAGAGGUUAUAUUCCGUGUUUUAGCGUCAUGCCGACGAUAACGCGAUUUUUCUACUCUUAACAAGAUGGUCACAGACUCCAGCCCGAAAAAAGUCGGCGAUACCAAAAUUUCGAAAGACGAUAUCUGGCUGUCGAGCGUGAACGGAAAGUUCCCAAGAUCAACCAACGUGAAUUGGGGAAACAAUGGAGAAAAUGCCUGUCGAGGUAACGGGGAAGUCGACAGAGAAAUUUGGAUUAUUGUGAACGAACUUCUUUCCGGUGCCAUGUCCCAGUGUGCAAACGAAAAUGAGAAAACGACCGAGGUGAUUUUGCGUAAGUCGGACAAGUUCAACAACAACGUGUUCGUGCGGGAUAAACAUGCAAGGAGGUGCGUUAGCGAGUGCGUUAUUUCGGAAAACGCCGUUGAGGCUUUCAAUCCCGUCUUCAAGACACCGGAAGUUCCGAAACCGAAAGCGAAACGCAAACAUCGGUUGUCGUUCUCUUCUAUAUUCAGGAAGAAAGUGAUACCUAAAAUUUACGAGGAUAAACACGAUAUCGACAGUCCGGAAAUUGAGGAAGACUUUUUGGAAUCAACAGAUGAGAGUUACAAACGCAGGGACUCCCUGCGGAUGUCGCAAAAGUUCCAUUCUGCUCUAGAAAUAGGUUCGAAGUCUUCACUCCACCGGACUCCUUCGUUCAUGAAGAAAAUCAUCAGUUUCGGAGAGGAAUCCAAAUCGCUACUCAAACGAUCGAUAAGCUUCAGGGAUAUUAUAAAGCAUGAUAAAUCUAAGGAGGAUUUGACUAAGAGCAAAUUGGAAGAGUGGAAACAGUCGUUGAAAUCUUUGACAGAAAGUGAUAUUAAUGUUAGUUACCAAGACUUGAGCUAUGUGGACUACGAUAUACAUAAUGACAUCAGUUAUAACGAUGACAGUUUAGAAAACAUCCCUAGAGGAUCAGCCGUAUCCAGGUCACAAAGUGUCAUCCUGAAGGGCUCGCAGAAAAAUAAAAAACCAUUUUUUGAGAGGGGUACUUCCUGUACCGAUCAGAUAGAUCUAGAUUGUACUGAAUCUAGCGUGGGUGUCUCACUACCGUAUCUCCCCAAUGUUGAUCAAGAAAAUGCCGAUCAGUCCAACGAUACGUCGCUGCUACAAAAAUACAGGCGCCGACAUCAGAGUAUCUGUUCGGAAGAUGGGGGUCGAUCCCGUCCACCCGGAAACGGAAGUUUCAGCUCUUCCGGAAGCGGUUCCUCCAAGCUGAGAAGGCACAACGCCUGCAGGCAGAAAAACAGGGACUCGUGCAGCUUCUUCGUCGAGAACAGGAGGGACGAUUCGGUCCGAUCAAGGAGUCUCAACCAUUUGGAUACCCUGGAGAUGCGACAAGGCAUCAUAUCGGCGACAGAUUCAACCCUGAAAGACUCGAGAUCGGAACCAGACUGCACGAGAACGUUACCCCCCUCGUCAACCGCCACCCCUGAGCCUAUCCCCAUAGCUCAAACGUGCGAGGUGCCCCAACCGCGUAAACAUAUGCUUAGUAGAUCACAGAAAUCCAGUAGUGAAUGCUUUAGUGUAAAUUUCGAAGUUGGAGAUGAAUCUACCUGGGAUAAUGAAUUGUUUUAUCCAGCACAACGAGGCAUCACAUUGCACGAUUCACUCGCAAAAACAUGCGAACUCCAGAAUAUCGACCUCUCCACCUGCGACGCCCGCCUCCAGGAUAAGGAAAACAACGCGGAGACGUUUUUAUCGUUCUCCCAGGACACGGCCGCGUUGGUCGGACGACACAUUCGAAUUACCGCCAAGGAAGCAAGCAAUAAACGUCUAUCGGGAUCAAUAUACGGCAAUCAGCUCAGGAAGAAAUCCGAGAGUUAUAAGCCACGGACUGGGAGCUUUUUCAGUUCAAGUGCAGACGAGCCUAACCAUGUAGCCAGCUCGACCCUCAGCCUGCACGAGGGGGAUCAGAGCAAGAAGCAGAUCAAACAAAUGUUCACAUCUUUCUUCGCUAACAGUAAGGACUCCAAAUACGAGGGUCUCAUCGAGCAAUUGGACAAAUACUCAAAGCAGGGAAUACCCAAAAGUCAGUAUUACCAGCAGGGGACCGACGAAGCGUUGGACGCACUGUACAAACUCGAAGAAGAUUGGAGGGAUAUAGUUGAAUACAAAGAUCUACCCGAAAAGCAACAGCAGCAGCAGACGGUGCUGUGGGAGCUGAUAAAGACCGAAAUACAGUACAUAAAAAUGUUAACGGUUGUUACAGAUCUCUUUCUCUCCUGUCUGCGGGACCUCCAGUCGAAGAAUCUCCUCAAGGAAAUCGACACGGAAAAGUUGUUCUCGAACAUUACGGAAAUACUGGACGCGAACCUCAUCUUCUGGAAGAACACGCUGUAUCCCCUGGUUAGGGACAUGCGGAGGUACAAACGGCCAGCUUGCAUAGAGAACAUGUUGGAGGGAUUCUCGAUGCUUCACGAAACCUUUCAACCGUACUAUAAAUAUUGUGCUGAGCAGAGUCGCUGCCAGCACUAUUGUAGGGAAAAUUUGGACAGUGAAGUUUUCACGGCUUAUCUGACGUGGUGUGAGAGCCAGAAGGACUGCAAUAGAUUAAGAUUAAUGGAUAUUUUGGUACAACCAAUGCAAAGACUGACUAAGUAUGGCCUUCUAUUGAAGGCUGUUUUGAAGAAUACGGAAGAGGAUGUGGAGAAGGAAAAUAUUCAGGCCAUGAUAAAAAUGGUUGAUGACUUCGUCAAUAAUGUCAACUCCAGUUUGAAACAUAAACAGGAUAAAGAACGACUAAAAGGCAUCAUUGCUAGAAUAGAAAGUUACGAUAUCGUGGACUCUAAGGACGACGACAUAGAAAAGCUGCUGAAAAAGGACAAGGCCUUGACGCAGUUCGACCUGAAUCGGCCGAUGCUCAAUUGUCCUGUGGAGAGAAAGCGUCAUCUCCUUCUCGAAGGCGACCUCAAGUUGAAAGACAGUGGUGCCUCAAAGACGGAGGUGCACUGUUUUCUGUUGACUGACAUGCUGCUCAUCUGCAAGCCUUCAACUAAAAAAGGGGGUGCUACAAUGAGGGUGGUGAGGCAGCCUUAUCUGGUCGACAGAUUAGUAGUUUCAGAAUUGAACAAGGAAACUCCGAGCUUAGGUUUAAUUUACAAAAACGAAUUUGACAUGGCUGUGGCUGCUUUCAUAUUGCAGAAUAACGAUCCCAAAAAAAUCAAGGGCUGGAAGGAUGGAAUAAACAAAGCUCAGACCUUGUACGCUCAAGCGAAACAGAUGAGCUACGUGGAUGAGAGUUUAGACGCCGAUAUUAGUAUAGAAAAUUUAGAGAGUGAUUAUAAUAGUCUUCAAUUAGCUCCCCGAUCUCCCCUAGCUACUUCUUCACGAGCUAGCAGGGUUUCAAGCCUUGCACAUAGUCACAGUGGGUCUGUGGAAAUGAAUGAUCAGUCUUCAGUUGGCUCGGCAAAGGAUCCCUCCAAGCCAGUAUCCAUUGAUGCAGAGAGAACAGGUUCUAUAUCCAGCGACGAAGGUGUUCAACCUCUUCCACCAGAUAAAAGUCCAGUCUCCCAGAAGAAUUCCUUCAAGAACCGGCUUUUCCACAAAACACCGAACACUCUUUCGGUUCAGCCUUUCAAUAGUCUCGGCCAAAGUCUUCCAAAUCUCACAUUGGGAUCUCCAAACGUUGGAAGUAUGAGCCUUAGUUUGAAUCAAAACACCUUAUCGGUACCAAGCAAUAAGAACAGUGGACAACUGUUGAGUCCCACCCAAAGAGGAAUAUCUUAUCCUCCACCUUCCCCAACGAGGGCCAAUCUUAGAAGAGGAUUAGCAAUUAGUCAAAACAAAAACCCUCCACUUAUCAAAACUAGGCACCUUAGUUCUUCAGCAAGUUGUAGUCAGCAAAUUCCUAGCACUAACGAUUUUGACGUACCAGUUAUAGCAGGUAUUUCUCAAUCUGAUGACCAUUGCGAGUCUUUCAGUAGGGGCCACCACAGACAAGCAAUGAAAAGGUCAUACAGAAAUAAUGAUAAAAGAUAUUAUACAGCUGGCGUUGUGGAUGACAUCAAAAAAGACCGCAACAGGGAUGCCAGUAUCCACAAACGCCUGUCUUGGAACUGCAAUAGUCUGGAGCAAAGGCCUAUUAACGAGGACCAUACCUAGCAUUCGUUUUUAGGCCUGUUUUUAUUAAUUAUGAUAGUGAUCUAUUUUUUAGUGUUUCAAGUACUAGAAAUACUAGAUUACUUGAUUAAUUUAGUCACUUGAAGUCCACCUGGGUUUUUCUUUCACCUCAAAACGAUGUGGACCAAUUGGUAAAUACCACAAUAUCAAAAACGAAACAAUAAUUACUAUGUAAUAUUAGGUGAAGAAAGAUUGAACACAUUCCAAUUACAUUCCUUACAAAUGGUAAGCAAUAUUGUACCUAAAAAAAAUUUCGAAACAGGCCUAAUGUUUGAAAAACUUUUGUAUUUAAGAGUAAACAUUGUUUGUCGAGUACAUAUUGUACCAACAGAAGUAGGUGCAGUGAGCCUUGUGGAAAAAAUUUGUACUUUCUUUUAGUUUUUCCUAGGCUUACUCGCCUACUUUUCUAUAUUUAUUGAACGAUCGCUUAAAUAAGAAAGAGUUAGAUGAUUUUAAACAAAAUAGUACAAUGACUUUUAUAUUUUGGUAUAAAAAUAACGAUAUUUAUUUUUGUUGCAAGAAUGCUGUAAGUUAAUUUUACUUAUUAAUAUAAAAAUGCAUAGUAUCUUUGUUAUAUUUAUUGAAUGACUUAAUAAAUUCUUUACUAUUA